GGGAGGCGGGGAUGAAGACGAAGAAAGGUUAGUCAUAAUAGAAAGGGGCAAGCAGUCAAACCAGUUUAUACAAUUAGCAACAACCGAAAAAAACAAAUGGUCCAUUCCACAUCCAAUCGCAGGUUCAUAUUGUAGUAUGCGUUCAUGA